GCUCCAAUGCCCAAUGGUCACACUGGUUGUAAAUUUGGACGUGUUACUGCUUCGUGUGUAAAUAAUGUAAGCCAAUAUUGUGCGGGAGCCAGCUGGCCGAAUCUCUAGAAACGAAAGUGUGCUUUAUUUGAACUGCAUUGAAGACAGUGACUUUGUCCCGGAACUCCAGUGGAAUGAAGGCUAUCCGCCGCCUUAGCCAAAAGAAAAGAUAAUCUUCUCCAGCCACGACGACGUCACCAAAUGACAAAUGUAGCAUCGGAGACUCACCAGCCGCCCUGAGGAAUAGGAAAACUUCCAAAGGUUAAUCCCCGAACCGGAGAGUCGUCUGCUCGUCUCCUUGUUCCCCUUGUAACCCCUUUAUUUUUAUUUUCACCGUUCGAGAGGGUGUUCUCUUUGUUUUCGGCGUGCAAAACCCUUUGAGAAGUUUUGCAUCGUUCGAAAUUAGGGGCAGCACCUCGAACAGUACACGGCCGUAAAAUUCCUAAAUCCGUGGGCACCAAGCUGCAGCGUCUCAAGGCCAAGGCGGCUGCGAGUCAACACUACGGCAGCAGUUAUCGCAGCAGUAAGUCCGGCGGUAGUAGUACCUCAUCCGUAAGCGGUAGUGGCAAUAUUGGUAGCGGAGGCGGUGAUCAGAAUUUUGGAAUCCAAGGCGUCACCAAUUAUCAACGCGGUGGCGGUGCCGAGGAGCGUAACUUUGCUGCGACGUCGGCGCUGGCGGCGGCAGCAGCUGCAGGCGAAGCGGUCGAGAAGUCAUAUCAAUACAGCAACAGCAACAACAAUAACAACAUUAACCACAAUUAUCAAAAGUCUAUCAACUACACCAGUGCCAAUUACAACACAAACAACAACAAUUAUAACAACAACCAUCCUCAAACAACCGCCACCAGCCACAUCCUGCCUUAUCAGUCACAUCUGUCAUCGUCGCAGAGCAACACAACCACGAUGAUAAUGACCAAACAGAAGAACACACUGGCCGAACGCCUAAACAUUGGUGACGAGGUGCGGGAGCUGAAGCUGGGGGCCACCUUCAACCCGAAGAACACGUCGACAGCAUUUCACACAAUCAAAUAUGACUUUAAGCCAGCGAGUGUGGAUACCAGCCGCAUGGCAUCUGUCGACGUUGGCCCCAACAAUCAAGUUACUGUUAUCGUGCCAAAUUCAGAAAGUUCCGGUGUGCCUCAUACAGUUUAUAAGGGUAAUCAGAGGGAGCAUGCUAAGGAGUGCUUGAUGAUCUACGACAAGGAGACGGGUGCUAUCACAAUCGAGAAGUUGAAUCACAAUAUUCAAGUCAAGAAAACGAGGAGUGAGAUAUCAAGCAAGUCCAGCCAUCUGCCUCCUCAGAAUGCGGCCAUCAUGCAGGGUCAAGUCCCGGGUCAACAGAUUAGCAAUGGAUCUGGACCAUCAACGAACGUGGCUUCCGGUCAUGGGCCAGGCUCGGGGGCCAAACUGGAGAACAGCACCAUGCGAAUCACGUCAAAGACGAAGGUUUCAACGGGCAGUCGCCGUAAUAAUAUUAUUGACUUCAAGCCCCGAAAUUCGCCGAUGCAGCAAAGUUCGCCCUCGCGACCAGUGGCCAUCCAUCGAAGUCCUCAAUCCGCGCCAGCUUGGGAUGCAAACAAUGCUCAACAAACGCUGCCCAGCAUCCCCAUGAUAACCGACGACGACGAUUUCGGCUUGAGGGCGGCCCUCCAUAAUGGCUCCCAGGCGAAUACUUCCGGCUCCUCAACUGGCUCAGCUGUGGGCCAUUCCGAUUACGGAUCCGCUUCCUCCUCAUCGCACAUGGGCAAACAGCGGCAAGCACCCCAUCACGGUCAUGCCAAGCGCCAGCAGCGCUCCAGUCCGCCGAUGGUGCAGCAACAGCCGAACUUUGGCCGCAACAGCUACAACGGCGGCAACAACUACGCACAACAACAGCAACACGAACAGCAGCGACCUUCCCCCUAUGGACACGGCAACAGCAUGCCAAUGGACCUGGACUCGUCCAGGGACCAUGAAUUGACUUCAAAGUCCGUUGCGCAUGCGGCUGCAGUUCUGGAGCAACAAAUUGGUGGCGCUCUCAGUGCCUCCAGUUCCAGCUCUGAAUCUGACUCUAGCGACAGUGACAGCGGCAGCGAUUCCGAUGACAGCACUGAGGAUGACCGCCCUAGCCAGCAACAGCAGCAGCAUCAACACAAAGCUGCACAAAUGCAUCAUCAGCAGCAGCAGCAGCAACAGCACCAUCUGCAACAACAGCAGCAGCAGCAGCACUUUAACCAGUUGCCCAAUCUGGGACUGGGCUCCAUAUCGCCAUCCUACGGUAAUAAUCAUCACCAGCAGCAGUCGCGCCACCAUCCCCACCAGCAACAGCAGAAACAACAGUCUGGCAUUUAUGCGUCCAACGGUGGCUUUCCGAACGAUUUGCUACAAAAUGAUUUACAACUGUCCUCAAAUUCGUCCGAUGAGGACGACGAUUAGCUGGUUGGUUGGUUUUCAUCUAAAUUGCCUUUAUUUGACAGAACCAACGACAAAACAAAAAACAAACAAACAAAUCUAUUGAUAUUCUGUUUAUAUGCGUGUAAUUAAGUUGUAAUUAUUGAGUGGAGAAUUUACUUGCUAGUGAAAUUUUUAUAAAUAAAUUAUUAGUUGUAAUCAUGAUGUACCGAAAAAUAUAUGAAUUACUUUUAAAAUACCACAUUAAGGGCCGGUUUAUAGAGUGCCUCGAAAACCCGGCCCUAAAUAGAAAUGAAAUACGAAUCACACGAACCUUCAACCUAAAAAUUAAUUUUUGGCAAUAAUUUAUCAAUUGUAUUUAUAUUCAUUUCAAAGGAUUAUUAUACCAUUAUGUGACAUUUCCUAAAAGAAAAACAUUGCACGCGAAAACACACUUAUCAGAAACUAAACAAACUGCAACUUACAUAUUAGCUUUAAGUUAACAUAAAAAUCGCGGAUAAAUGCCAUUAAUUCCGUGCUUAUACUUAAGCCUUGAGUUAUUUUUAUUAUUCUGUCUAAAGAAGGGAAACUUGGACUGGGACUUUAGUAGAGUUUUCAUGUCAACAUCCCCUUUUAAUUGCUUUUCUAUUCAGGUUUAAUUCUAUCAUUUGAUUUGGUAUUGUUAUGGACAUAAAAUGACUAUUAUUUUAAUGUUCAGCUCCGAUUUAUUUGUUAGUUUUGUAUAUGUAUAUUACGACUCUAUUUAGCUCCAUAUUAUUAUAAUUAUUAGUUAAAAAUUUGUGCGGUAUGAAGACAUUUAUGUUUCUAGCUCAUGUUUUAUUUGAAUUUAAUUGAAAUUCUUUAAUUAUUUUUUAAUAGCUAUUAUGAUUUUGUUAUACGCUUGCAAUAGUUAAAAGCAACGAAAAAAAAAUAAAUAAAUGUGAAACAAAGAAA